CUCCGCUUCAUAUCACAAAGACGAUCAAUAUAAAUUAGUAUUUCAUUCAGAGUCAACAAGGUCAUAAUGGUCCCACAAGGUCAUCGUGACCAUGGUCCCUCUCUUCUCCUGCUAUCCCUCUGAUGUUUCUUCUGCCUGACAUAUAGUAGAGGGAACCAUCUCACGUGCUUAUACGUCUUCAUAGUCUAAAAAAAGCUUGUGCCACCGACCGCCACCACUCUGCCAUGGUGUAGGAGGGACGUCAUGGAAAUCCAUGAAUAUAUCCCCAGGACAUACAGAACUCAAUAGGAGAGAAGCAGAGAGGGACACACAUUCAGAGAAGAUGAAAGCAGCACAGAGAGGGAUCGACGACAGGCAGGUACUCUAGAUUAAAAAAACAAAAACAAAUACCAGAAUCAAAAGGUAAGUAAGGACAGUUGUUACACUGUCUUAGUUUAUCUCUAAAUUACCAUUUUUUAUUUCAUUUGAAAACAAUCAAGAGUUCAUCAACCUUUAAAAGUCAUAUAAAGCACUGAGAUAUUGGGAUAUAAGUGAGUUAAAGCAGCCACCUGUGGCAUGUGGCACGUGCGGGACCCCUCUUGUGGUCUUUAUCUGUUGCCAAUGCUUAGUAGCUGACCCCUGCCAGGUGUGUAGUCUUUAGAUAAACCAGGAGAACAUAUAUUGAUUGUGCUUACACCACAUCAAGAGCCAUUCAAGUCACUGGAAGGUGGAACCAUCAGAAUGAGGACAAUACAAGAAGGAGAUGAAAAUGAAGGGAAAGAAGAUGUCAUAGAAAUUGUGAGGAAGGAGAGCUCCAGCCGAAAUAUGAGAGAUUCUGUAGGACACGAGGACUUUGAAGAAUUUGUGUUGAAUUUUGAGGACUAUGAUCUCUGGGAAUCCAUCAAAAACCAUCUUACCAAUCCAGAGGAAGGCAACAGUUGUGUCAGCUCAGAAGAACCACCCGCAUUACGCAGGCACAUCGUGUCUAAGAUCAGGGGGAGCCGAAAAGAAGCCACCACCGUCCCUCCAAACCUGAGCUGGACCAGGAAGCAGCAGGAUCGUGCACCCCAUGAAGUCUUCGUCGAGCUGAACGAGUUGAUCUGUGAAGGUGUGCAAGAGAUGCACUGGAAGGAGACAGCUCGCUGGAUAAAAUUUGAGGAGGAUGUAGAGCGGGACACGUCUCGUUGGGGGAAACCUCACAUCGCAUCACUGUCAUUCCGCAGCCUUCUGGAGCUCCGAAAGACCAUUGCACAUGGAGCUGUCUUACUGGAUUUGGAGCAGACAACUAUGCCAGGAAUUGCUCAAAUGGUGGUGGAGACAAUGGCAAUUUCUGACCAGAUCAGGGCAAUAGAUCGGGCUAAUGUUCUGAGAUCCCUCUUGUUGAAACACAGUCAUCCGAAUGAUGGAAGAGAUGCUCACCACCCUCGUAACAAUUCCACCACCAGCGUUGGGAAUCAUGUCGUUACCAACAGUCCAACAAAAGAGACCAACUCCCACAAUCCACAGGAUCCUGAAAACAAGCAGAAAACCAUAAAUGGUCCAGACGGACAUCGUAUCAAACACUGGAAACUCAUGGAAAAGAUUCCGGAAAAUGCAGAGGCCACGGUUGUUCUCGUGGGUUGUGUGGAAUUCCUGGCCAAUCCAGCGAUGGCCUUUGUCCGCCUGAAUGAGGCUGUCCUGCUAGAAUCAGUCCUAGAGGUUCCGGUUCCUGUCCGUUUUCUCUUUGUAUUGCUAGGACCAAGUCAGUCAAACAUGGAUUACCACGAAAUCGGACGUUCCAUCUCCACACUCAUGUCAGACAAGGUAUUUCACGAAGCCGCUUACACGGCUGCUGAACGGCAAGACCUCCUGAACUCCAUUAACGAGUUUCUCGACAGUAGCAUGGUCCUACCCCCAUGUGAAGUGCAGGGCAAAGAUUUACUGCGUUCCAUUGUCAGCUUCCAGAAGGAUUUAUUGAGAAAGCGGAAGGAGCGUGAGCAACGGCGUUCUGCAAGGGAGAAAGCACCUCCAAAACUGACGGGACACACGGCAGAACCAAGUUUAGAGAAACAAGAUAUCCAAGAUGAUGAUGACGGGGAUAGUGAGUUGGAUCCACUGGAACGCUCUGGGUUUCUUUUUGGCGGUUUGAUUCAUGAUAUCCGACGACGUUACGUUAACUACUGGAGCGACAUUAAGGACGGUCUAAACAGUCAAUGUCUUGCAGCCGCUCUCUUUAUCUACUUUGCUGCCCUCUCCCCUGCCAUCACCUUUGGAGGUCUCUUAGGGGAGAAGACUCAGGGUCUUAUGGGGGUGUCGGAGCUGAUUGUGUGCACCUCGGUGUUGGGUGUCCUCUUUUCACUGCUUGCUGCACAGCCCCUGCUCAUCAUUGGGUUUUCUGGGCCUCUGCUUGUGUUUGAAGAGGCAUUUUUUAAGUUCUGCCAGGUUCAGGAUAUCGAAUAUCUGACUGGCCGCGUGUGGAUCGGAUUCUGGCUGAUCUUGUUUAUUCUGGUGAUGGUGGCGGCUGAGGGUAGCUUCCUUGUUCGUUACAUCUCCCCAUUCACACAGGAAAUCUUUGCCUUCCUCAUCUCUCUCAUCUUCAUCCAUGAGACAUUUUACAAACUCUAUAAGGUAUUCACAGAUCACCCCUUGCUCAGGAUAUAUCCCUCGGGGGGAAGUCGAACUGCUGCUUUGGGACCCAGGAUGCAGCCAAACACAGCUCUGCUCUCUCUCAUCCUCAUGUCUGGAACGUUUCUCAUUGCCUUCUUCCUGCGCAAAUUCAAGAAUAGCCGUUUCCUUGGAGGGAAGGCUCGACGAGUUAUCGGAGAUUUCGGGAUUCCCAUAUCAAUCCUAGUAAUGGUCUUAAUUGAUUACACCAUAACCGACACAUACACACAGAAACUGAACGUGCCGUCAGGUCUCUCUGUGACCUCUCCCAGUAAACGUGGUUGGUUUAUCCACCCCCUGGGGUCCACCCGUCCAUUUCCCCUCUGGAUGAUGUUUGCCUCAGCAAUUCCAGCUCUCCUGGUUUUCAUUCUUAUCUUUAUGGAGACACAGAUCACCACUCUGAUUGUCAGCAGGAAGGAGAGGAGAUUACAGAAGGGAAGUGGCUUCCACUUGGACCUGCUGCUUAUCGGUUCCCUUGGUGGCGUGUGCGCUCUCUUUGGGCUGCCAUGGCUGACAGCGACCACUGUGCGCUCUGUUACCCACAUCAACGCACUGACUCUUAUGAGCAAAACCGCACCUGGAGAGAGGCCGCGGAUUGCAGAGGUCAAAGAGCAGAGAGUAACUGGAGUACUGAUUGCAAUUCUUGUAGGGCUUUCGAUAGUGAUGGAGGAAAUGUUGCGUCAGAUCCCGCUGGCCGUACUCUUUGGGAUAUUUCUCUACAUGGGCGUGACGUCACUGACCGGGAUCCAACUCUUCGAGAGACUUCUCCUCAUUCUCAUGCACCCCAAACAUCAUCCAGAUCACCCCUAUGUGGUCAAAGUGUGCACAUGGAGAAUGCACCUUUUCACCUGUGUGCAGCUCUCCUGCAUUGUGCUUCUCUGGGUAGUGAAAUCCUCUCCAGCAUCGCUAGCCUUCCCCUUCCUCCUCAUCCUGACGGUUCCGCUCAGACGCUUCAUAUUGCCGAGAUUCUUCCAUGAGAGAGAGCUGAAGGCUUUGGAUUCCGAAGAUGUUGAACCAAACUUUGAUGAAGAUGGUCAGGAUGAAUAUAAUGAGUUGCACAUGCCGGUCUGAGGACUGAUAUCUUAAUAUAUUCUACUCUCCGUCUCUCGUUCCAUUUUGUUAUGGAAUUCCAAGUCUGCCCUACACUUUUUCAUGUCUGUUUCUAUCCAGAGGGCCAGAGAUCCUUCAUCCAACAAUCUACUCUUUAACCUACACAUGACUCCUGCUACCUGUUACUCAUGUUGAACCUUUUCUGAUUACAUUCUAACUCAGUCACGGGUGAAAAUUAGACAAAUGGAACAUUAUAGCCAUUAUAACAUGAUGAUCUAAAAGACAAAACUGGUCCAGUGUCACAACCUCCAGAUUUCGUCAUACCAUGCCAAAUAUUACUUUGUUUCCAAGCAAGACCAGCUUGGCCCAGCUCGCAGAUAUGUACUUUAAUUAGAAACUGAUUAAUACACCCAGCUGAAAAGGAUGUGGUGGCAAUCCACCGGCGCACACCUGCCAUUUAAAGGGACUCACAUGUUAAAUCCAACAGGUUUAACGGACUUGAAAGAAUGUUCUUGUAAACAUUGUAAUAAUGAAAAAACCCUUAGCAUAUGUAAUAUGAUAAUGUUUUGUUUAGAGAGGUAGGGAUAGGAGACACUAAGAAUUUAAACCACGGAGAGGUAUCAAUGCAUUUUUUUUAUAUUUAUGUUAUCUUAAUUUGGGCAUCCACUUAGCAUAGUGUGCCCUCUUUUCCUUGGUGGUCCUCUCUUUCGCUAGUUGUAUAUGAUGCUUAUGAUGUAACAGACUUGGCUGUAUGCUGACAGACAUGAGCUGGAUAUUGAGCGCUGUAUCUAUGAAAUGUAAGUGAUGAACACUUCCAAGAUUGUCCCUAAAUGUAAAUCAGAUGGUCAUCAGAAAAGCAUCACCCUCUGAAAAUAAAUCGAUGUCAAGUGAUGACACAGACAGUGUAUGUACCUUCUUAUCACUUUUGUUUUAGAGGAACCCAGUGCUGGAAACAUUUUUAAUAUUAUGCAUAGAACAACAGCACUCUGCAAUUUGCAUUGAGACCUUCAAUACUUGUUUGUUCUGUGCGGAAUGCAAUUAGUUUUUUGACUGUUUCAGCAUUGACCCGUUCACAGUAAUGCACAUUCACACAGCGUGUAGUGGAACGGAGAAACCCUGUUUUGGGAUUUAUUUGCUAAUUUAGCAUGAGCCCCAUCUCAGUGUAAGUUAUCCUGUUAUCCCGCUGUGUUCGCACAAAUAAAUGUGUCUGUUGGAGUGUGAUGCUGUGACUGACUGAAGACUCGGAGCUUCCUAUAUCUGCUCUG